AUGUCUUUCAACGUUAACGGCAACAUCAGUGUCGCUUCAUACAAGUUUAAGUGGGUCAUCAAUGACUUCAGUACAAGCUGCAGGCACGUCGGAGAAGCCCUGUAUUCACCACCAUUUUUCGGAAUGAAGGACAUCCAAUGUACGCUGAAACUUUAUCCAAAAGGUGAAAACGAAGAGUCCAGAGAUAUCUUUUCGCUUGUGCUACCCGUUCACGGGAAGAUCGAGGGCACGGUUACUCUUCAAAUCCUCAACAACAAGGGUGAAGCGGUGGUGAGUCACACAGCUGAAGGGAGACCCUUCAUCAAAGGCUGUUACUUGCACGAAUAUAAAAAAUAUGGACUGCUAGAUUUCAUCAUAGACCCAGCUAACGGUAUUCUCGAUGACGACAAGAUGAUCAUCAUGUGCAAAAUAACUCAGCUCACGCCUGAAGAGAUGAAGAAACGUUCGGACAAGCACAAGAAUCGUGAGGAAAUGUGGCAAGGCGUCGUCGGUCGACUGGAAGAGAUCGACAAGUACGAGUGUCUCAUCAACGAGAAUAAAUUCAGCGACGUAACCCUCAUUACUGAAGGUAGAGUCUUGAAGGUCCACAAGUGCAUACUCGCCAAGAGCAGUUUGGUUUUCGCUGCAAUGUUCGAAGCCGAGAUGCUGGAGAAGCAAGACAGCAGCGUAGAAAUCGAAGACAUCAGGUACGACGUGCUGCUGGAGAUGAUACGUUUCAUCUACGUAGGAAAGGUGAAAAAUAUGGAUGAUCUCGCUGGUGAACUUUUGGCCGCAGCUGACAAGUACGCACUGGAGAAACUGAUGGUCAUGUGCGAGGAUACGAUGUGCAAGAAUUUGAACGUCGACAAUGUCAUCGAGUACGUCGUACUUGCCGACGUUCAUCGGAUGUAUGUGCUGAAGAAGAAAUCAAUCGAGUUUAUAUUAGCGUAUGCGAACGACGUUGCUAACGGACGGAACUUCAAGUCGCUGCCUUACGAUCUCUUGUGUGAAGUGUGCUGCGCCAUGUCCAAAAAGAUCAAACUAUGA